GUACUAAUUUAAUCUUUAAAUUAGACAAAAAGAAUGAAUGUUGCAAAUUUCUUAUGAUUAAUUAACAUAACAGAAUAUUUAAAAAAUUGGUAAUAGCUGUUUUCUGUUUUAUUACCAUGUUUUGAUAAAAGAAAAGAAAAGAAAAAGAUGGAGUCGAUAGAAGAUUGCGAUGCUAUCAAAAAAUUAGAAGAUUUCAAACUCUUAACGAGAACAGAUGAGCGACUAAGAACAAUUGGAAGCUCAUUAUUAAACAAAAUAUUAUCCAGAGGUUUCUACAAAUGGCAUCCAAACGUUAUAAAAAACAUAGCUUUAAGCGGGAGCUGUUUUGAGGGUGCUGUUGUUGCUCGCUUUUUUAAAAAAAAUUCUGAUUUUGAUGAUGAAUUAAAUAGAGAACUUGAGAUCGAUAUAGAAUUUACUACAAUUAAAAUAAAUAGCGACUUAAAGCAUUACGUUGAAGACAUCUCUGAUAAAUACGGCUUUGUCAAGGUACGUGCUGAUUUAGAUAUGUUAAUGGCUUCAAAUAUUGGAUGGGAUGUUUCUAUACAAAAACUCCAAGAGUAUUUACCAAAAAUUUGCACAAAUGGAUAUCUUCAGCCUUUUAGAAUUAAAAAAAUUGCACUUGAAAAAGCUAAGUUAGAUUUAACUGAACAAAGGUUUGGCGAACUUUUCUUCGCUAUUGUAUAUAAUGCAAAAAUUUCUGAAAUUUCUACAAAAAAAACCGAGCUAGUUACAAAUGCAUCGUUUGCAGCUGAAUUUUAUGUUCAGGUUAAAAAUAAAAACGUUCUCUUGUUUUCUUACGAUUUUGUAAUUUUGUUUGAAAUUGGUUGGUGGCCUGAUAUAGCUUUGGAAUGGAAAAACCGAGCAAGAAAGUGGCCCAAAGAUCAAAGCCUUAUUGAUGAACUUACUAAAUCAUGUUUUAUCAUAGCUAAAUCAAAUGCAUCAGAUAAAUUUGACACGGAGUCAUAUACUUGGCGAUAUUCUUUUUCAAAUAUUGAACGUGUGCUAAUCAGUAUGCGUAGUUCGCAGCAAAAUUUAAUUUACCUCAUCUUCAAAGCAAUGUUUUAUAAAUGGAUUAAACCAAUCAGUUCUACUCAUGUUUUUUCUUUUGUUGCAAAAAACAUUAUGUUAAAAGCUUGCGAAGAUUAUCCUCCGCAACAUCAGAUGUGGAAUGAAACUUACAAAUCCACUAAAGAAGCGCUAAUAUACUUGUUUCUUCAGGCUUACACAGCAUAUGAAAAUGGAAAACUCGAAUACUACUUUAUUAACAAAAUCAAUGUUAUUGAAUCUGUUGAUUCGGUAAUUAAAGAAAAAAUAAAAGCGCAAAUUCUGUCUAUUAUAAACAAUUUUGAAAUGCAUUUCUUUUUAAAUGUAAGCCAAGUUAAUAUUGUUGUUGAGGACAUGGUUAAAAACAUGAAUGCAUUUGAUAAAAUUUUAAACGAGACAAACAAUGGCGAUUAUUCAGAUUUUUUAAAUUUAGAAUUUCUUAUCAAAAAUUUUGAUUUUUUAUUUGAUAAAUCACUUUUGAGUUUGUAUAAAGAUUUAACUAACAUGCACAGACGAUAGUACGAGAUAGUUCAUAACAAAGCUAAUACAACAACAACUAAAGUUCAAAAAAAAUUUACAAUUUAGAAAAUAUUCAUGAUGAGAUUGCGAGUGCUUUUAACUGGAUCAGAAACUAUAUCUGCAGCUAUAUAUAAAACUAUAUCUACAGCCAGGGCCGGCGCGAGUUGUUGUCACGUGGGGAACGAGUGAGGUGCCAUUACCACUUUUGCUAACUAAAAAAAAAAAGCCCCCGUUUUCAGAAAUUUGCCGACUGCCUUAUCAGCAUUUGUUGACUGACUGUCUAAAUUUACCGACUAACUUGUCAAAAGGGUCUAUAUUUGCCAACUAACUAGUCAAAAAGGGUCAAAUUUGCCGACUAAAUCAAAAACAAAUCAUUGAUUGGAUAGGGAGGGGGGGUUACACGCCCUAAUUGCGCUGGUCUUGUCUACAGCUGCUAAUAAUAUACUAUAUUACAAAUACAAAUACUAUUAAAAAAUAAGAUGAAAGAAGAAAAGCUGGAGAACUGUUUUCUUAGCUUUUUCGUUAAUAUAUAUUGCUUUUUUGUUAUUUGUAUUUGAGUAGCAUAACGAUAGGCUCGUUUCUACUCGUUUCCAAAGAUACGUUAGUUAUUGGUAUUAUUGAAUGCGAUUUUUCAUUGUCUUAAUAAUAAAAACUAUCAAUUGAAGCUUGAAGAUUGAGAUUUUUUUAAACAUAAUUGUGAAGAGGUCUGUCCAUAUAUUGCGUCACGCAAUUUCGGACUGUUUUUGACUCCUAUCUGCUCUUCGUCACAACAUAGUAACUCUUAGUAAUACGUCCCGAACAAUUCAUUACAAAACCUCUAACCCCUCUCUUUCCUGAGAACGUAACGUAAUCUAUGGACAACCCUUUAAGAAAGCACGAAUAAAAUGCAUAUAAAACUUGUAUAUAAAACUCGUCAUACAAACCUUCUCGAUAUACAACUUAAUAUACAACUCGAUAUACAAACUCGAUAUAUAACUUGAUAUACUAACCUUCUUGACCAACAUCUUUCAUAAAAACACAUGACCGUUUAUAUCUUAAAUAUAGAAAAUCAUUUUCUAAAUGAAAUGUACUUUAAUGUAAAGAAACGUUAUUUUUUGAUUUUAACUUUUAAUUAUUUUUUCAAAUAUAUAACUUGACAUACAUUUUUUUAAAUUUUUUAUCUUAUUUUUCAUUGUUAUAUAAUAAUAAACAUAUACACCUUAAAUAUAUGUUGUUAUGUAAAUAUAUACAACCAGUAAUUAGUUGCAAGUAUGAAACUUACUGUAAACAAUGUACACAAACAGUUUUCAAAAAUAUAAUAAAGCAAAGAGAUCAAAGAUCUUUAGCAAA